AUGGAGACCAGACUAUCAGAAAGGAAACGGCGAAAUAGCAACGUUUCCAGCUCGAGGAGCUCGUCACCUGUGUCGCACCGCACAAGACAGAGUGUGUCAAGAUGCUCCCAAACUACUGCUGCGUCUCCUGCACCUAAGCAUGAAGUCAGCACACCUAAGAAAUCACGCAAACGAGUGCGCUUCUCAGAUCCGGGCCCUCGGCUUCUUGAUAAUGAUCUUUGCUCGACAGGUCUGACACCAGCCAUGCGGCGAACCUCCUUUGACACUGGACUUUCGGGAUCUGGAGACCGUACACCUAGUCGGAAAGCCCGACGUCGCUCGGCACCAACACCUCGAUUCCGCCGAUCCUUUGACCCACUGGAGCCUUUCGAUGAGAUCCCAUCUGAGCGGGUGGUGCAGUUCACUCCCUUGCGACAGAUUCUGGACACACGUACCAAGCGAAGAAUUCGACAAAUCGGUCUUAGUGACGAAAUCAACCAUAUUCAACGUGAGAAGCGUGAGGUCGCAACUUUCGAAAAGACCUUGGCAACCUUGCUUCGGGAGCGAGAUGCGCUGCAACAAGAGUUGACCUCCAUGAAGCAGCCCCGAGAGAUCCCAGAAGAUCAGUUGCCGUCUUAUGAGUCUUUUUGGAUGUCUUCUCAGGUCCAGGCUAGAGAGGUAGAGGAGCAAACAACAUUGCUAUGUGAUGGAAUGUCUGUGACCUCGAACCGGAGCUUAGAUGGGCGUCUGUCAUCUGUUGAAAACGACGGAGAUACUUUUAUGUUCAAUGACAGUGCCAUCAUCGCUUCUAAUUCACCUGUCUUCCGAAACCGACGGAAUAUGCACUCGCCUAGCCCGGAGAGACUGUCCUCAUUUGACGAAACAAGAAAUGAUGCCGCAGCUCAGACUCCAGUAAAUGAUGGCCCAGAGGAUCCUUGUAUGCGCUCUCUGAACCUCGACCUUGAGGCUGCCAGAAACGAGAAGAGGGACUUGUUCGACGCAUGCCGCUCACAAUUAUCUGCCUUUGAGAGCUCCGAGCUGGGUGACGCCCUUCGCAAAUCAUCUCCACCUCCUGAUUUCCUCGAGAACAUUAUGUCCACAUUGACGGCUGCUUUAUAUCGCGCUUCAGAUGCCACCAAAGCUCUUGAAAGUAUCAGUCAAGAAUGCUCCAGCCUAGGCUUCUCUGGGACCAGCAUGGAUGAUGUGCUUUCCGAUAUAAGAAGCCACUUCCGCUCUGCACGCCUUGAACUUGAGCGUGCAGUUCCAGGGGAGACGGCCGAUACAGCCCUCGGUGACGGUAAAGCCACGCUGUGCGCCCUGGUCAAUCGAGUGAAGUCUUUGGCAAAGGAGCUUCAGUCGGAGCGCAAAUACCAUCAUGGCGCACUGGGCCGCGAAAAGGCCCUUCGUGGCCAGUUCGACAACUUAUUAUACCGAUACGAGGCAGCAGCCGAGAAGAUCAACAGCCUCGAGGACUCAAUUGAAUCAUCUGCAGGUGACAUGCUCCACACCAGAAUGCGGAUGCAAGAUCUCGAAAGCGAAGAUCAAGAAAAGACCGUUGGGAUUGACAGAUUAAAUACGGCAUUGGAGAAGUACCACAAAGAUUUAAAGAGCCUCGAGGACAUGGUCAGCAAGAUGGAGGACGAAAACGUCGCGAUAAAGUCAAAGUACCGAGCGCAGAUAUUAGCUCUCAAAGAGCAAGUUGCCCACGAGCGCAAGCAACGAUCCACAGCCGAGCUCUCUGCUUCUGAAUAUGAAACUCGCAUUCGUGAACUGGAGGUUACUGUUGAGAAGAACCAAGCCCGUGCUUCCCAGCUCACAACUAAAAUCGAUGCUCUCGAACAAGAACAUCAGGCGGCCGUUCAAGAGAAGACUUGUGAUGAACAGCAACAUGCUCAAGAAACGGGUAUACUAAAUGUACGCAUUUCAGAGCUCGCGACCUCCCUCGAUGCUACCAGAUCAGAGGCCCAGCGUCUCCGUCGGAUAAACAGUGGCCUCGAACAACAAUUGCAAAUCGAGCUGGAGGCCCGCGACGACCUGCUGGAUCAGUGGGCCGCUGAACAGGCGCGCUCAUUCGCGCACAUGAGAGAGACUGUCAACUCCGAACGCCGUAGAGCCAAGGUCCGUGCUGCCAACUGGGAGCUCAAGUCUGAUGAUCUCAUGUCUGAUGGCACCACAAUUGCGGGAAGCGAACCUAUUACUCCGGUCAGCAUGACACGCUUUGUUGAUGUUGAGAUGGGGAGGGGUAAGGGCCGAAGACGUAUGGACAGUGGCGUCGGAAUUCUCACUGGAGAGGAUGUUUUGGAACUUGAAGACGUGUCGGACAUGGACUUGCCGACGUCUAAUCUGAUUGACUUGUAA